GUGUUGGUAUAACGCAAUCGGAGAGCUCAGUAGCCUGCACGACAUCGCGUUGUGCAGACAUACAAGAAAACUCGAACGUGAUCGGCACGACUUAUUCGCGAAUAAAAAAAAAAGAAAAAAAGAAGAAGAGAAAAGAAAAAGAAAAAAAAAGUUAAAUAACUGAACUUUAAGAGGAGUUGUAUGAUCGAUCUUCUUGGUAAUAUAUAACGUGAAACCACAAAUCGAUUUUAUAUGAACGUAUCGAUCUUUUUAAUUAAUUAAUUAAUUAUAUACUACAUAUUUUUUAUAUAUUUAAAACAAUAUAUAUACAUAUAUCGUUAAAUUUUAUAAAUAAUACUGGACAAUCCUAGUAAGUAUUAUAAAUCUUAAAAAGAAAACACUUUGGUAUAUCGAUGUAAUUUAAACAAACAAAACCAAAAAAAAAUAACAACAACAAAAUCAACGAUCGAUAUUUUCCCUAUUCGAAAAUAUAUAACAAAACGUGAGUGAACUUUUAUGGAAUGCAUUAAAGAUUACGAAACGACAAGGAUUUAGUGUUGAGAAUGAUAAGACGAUCAGGUCAGGCGAGAUUUGAUAUUUAAGAAUUGUCACAGUAGUUUAUUUAUCAGCUACUAUUACUGACGACGAGAUACAAAAUUACUCCCAAAAAAAAGAAAAAAAGGAAAAUAGAAAAAAACAAAACCGAACAUGAUGAUGCUGAUCAAGAGUUUUUUUCGGCGUAUCGCCAAAGAUUUUCGUCACAAAGAAUUAUUACCACUUAAAUUAAUAUUCUUCGUUCAAGCAUCCAGUAAGAAUGAUAAAAAUAAUUGUUAUCUGAAUAGAAUAAAGAUGUUUUCUAGGUAUGCCUGUCACAUAGACGAACAAAAUGAAACCAUUUCUCAAGCCCUUUUAACUUCGAGAUUGUACACGAUCAUGAGUUAUGAUUUUAAAAUAGGUAUUAACGAUUCUUUCAAAUACACUGCCUCUUUAAACAAUAUCCCACAGGAUAUCGGCCAAAUACAAGACAUGAGAAUAAAUCGUAAAUUGAAGAACAACGAAUUCUUCAAAACUUCGGUCAGACGUUUGUCAAAGAACGAUUAUUUCUUUCCAACAAAUCCCCUUUAUGAAUUUUCUUGUACACCGUCAACCUUUCUCGAGGAUUUUGAUUCGAUUAGAGAAAAUAAAACUCUUUGUACUUUUGGUCAAUUUAUUGAUCCGUCCAAGGAAAAAACAAAUCGAACGAAAAAUCGACAAUCGUAUUUAUCCAAAUUAAAUAAAUUAGAAUUGACGGAUGAUGAUAUUGCAGAAGAAAGAUUAAAAUUUGUAGCAGACGAAGUAUCCUGGGAUGGUGAAACUUUUGAAAAAGUAAUAUGUAAAAAUACGAAGGAAAAUGAUCAAAAGAUAAUAGUAAAGGUACCGUUGCUCGAUUAUGCGCAAAGUCCAGAACCAUAUCAAAUAUUAAAUAUCGAAAAUUGCGUUAAGAAAUGUAUCGUUAGUAUGCCUAGAAAGGAAGUAUGUUUUAACAAGAAUAUGCAAGUAGAGUAUAACAUAACAUUGACGUUUUGGUUAUAUCUAGUAAUUAGAGUAUUUAUCGGAAUAAUCGGUGGAACAACAUUUGCUAUGUUUGAAGGAGCAGUUAUUGCUAUAUUGAGAGAACAAGAAGCAGAUUAUGGUCUUCAAAGAAUUUAUGGAAGUAUCGGUGGUAUGAUAUCAUCACCGUUAUCUGGUCUUUUGAUAGAUUAUGCUAGCAGAGAUAAAGGAUACACGGAUUUUAGACCCGCAUUUUAUUUAUACGCCGGUUUGAAACUCAUAUCGGGUUUAUUAAUGUUAGCAAUUAAUUUGGAAUUCAAAUCACCAGCCACCAACGUUGUAAGCGACGUUCUUACAGUAUUAAAAAACGUCGAAGUUGUUGCAUUGUUCAUAGCAUGUUUUAUUCUUGGAACCGCUUGGGGAUACAUCGAGUCAUUCCUUUUUUGGUUGAUACAGGAUUUAGGAGGUUCAAGAUCACUCAUGGGAAUUACCAUAACAGUUGGUGGCAUUGCAGGAAUUCCUUUGCUCGUUCUUUCCGGACCGAUCAUAUCGAAGAUCGGUCAUGCUAAUGUUCUUUUCAUUGGUUUUGUCUUUUAUGCUGUUAGGCUUUGCGGUUACUCAUUGAUAUACAAUCCAUGGUUUACCUUGAUUUUUGAAGCACUCGAAUCUGUAACAUCGUCUCUCAGUUUUACGGCAGCUGUUACUUACGCAGCAAAAUUAUCUACUACCACAACGGAUACUUCGAUACAAGGGUUACUAGGUGGACUGUAUUAUGGUGUUGGUAAAGGUUCUGGUAGUUUGAUCGGUGGUUAUCUGAUGAAAGCAUUCGGUACCAGACCAACUUAUCAGAUCUUCGCAGUGAUCUCUUUAGUGACCGGUUUAAUAUACUUCUUCUUCAAUGCGUUAUAUUUGAAGAAAAGGCCUCAAGUGGAAGGGAACGACAUUGUUAAGAAGAAGCCAAAGACGAUGACGGGUAAUCAGAAUGGUCUUGAUCGUGGUAUCGUUGAGACGAUACCAUUGGACGAAAAAAAUCAGCAUCAUGAUAUUACCAAUGAAAAAGAUAAAAUGUCGAUAGAUAACUUCGGUGGAAUCGAUAAUGAAAGUUUUGUCAAAGAUAAGGACAAAGUUACUUUGAACAACGUUACAUUAAAAGAUACGAAAGAUUUCGAAGCUAUUAAUAACGCGAAAAAUCUCGACAAUAUGGAAAAAUCAUCAACGAAUUUGGAUAAAAUAGAAAAUGGACAAAAUGGAUUGGUUAAUCCUAAUUUUAUCGAGGAUCAAGGGGAUGAACAAAAUGAUGAAGACGAGUGUAAUAUUACGAUAGAGAUACGACCGGACAUUUAAAAAUGAUCUUUCUUGUAUUUUUUUUUUUUAAUCAAGUUCCUUUUUAGAGAUCUCUCUUUUACGUGAAACGAAAUUUCUUUUUCUUUUUGUCGUAUUUCGAUAGGAUGGAGAUAAUAUAUAUAUAUAUGAAGACGAACAAAAAUAUAUUAUGAAGAUGGAAAGUAUUAUAUUAUAAUAUAUAUGGCAGAAAUAUUUUUAUUUUUAUUUUUUAAAUAAUUCGAUACACACUCGCGUAAUCUAUCGGAGAACAAAUAUAUAUAUAUAUUU